AUGCGGCUGCGGCUGCUGGUGUCCGCGGGCAUCCUGUUGAUGGCUCUGUCGCCCAGCCCUCCAUGCAGGGCCCUGCUGAGCAGGGGACCUGUCCCCGGCGCCCCGCGGUCCCCGCAGUCCCUGAAUUUCCUGCAGCCAGAGCAGCCCCAGCAGCCUCAGCCCGUUCUGAUCCGCAUGGGAGAAGAAUACUUCCUCCGCCUGGGGAACCUCAACAGGAGCCCAGCUGCUCGGCUGUCGCCCGACUCCUCGCCCCUCUCUACGGGUCGCGGCAGCCGCCCCUCGCACGACCAGGCAGCGGCUAACUUUUUCCGCGUGUUGCUGCAGCAGCUGCAGAUGCCUCAGCGCUCGCUCGACAGCCGCGCAGGGCCGGCGGAGCGCGGCGCAGAGGAUACCCUCGGUGGACACCAGGGGGCGCUGGAAAGGGAGAGGCGGUCCGAGGAGCCGCCCAUCUCUCUGGAUCUCACCUUCCACCUUCUGCGCGAAGUCUUGGAAAUGGCCAGGGCAGAGCAGUUAGCGCAACAAGCUCACAGCAACAGAAAACUGAUGGAGAUCAUUGGGAAAUGA